AAGGUUACAGAGGUGCAAAUACUUUUUGGCGAAGCAGCUUUAGACUGAGGCUGGUGCCUGGCCAUGGCUACAGGUUAUUUGCUGCUGACUGAUGUGGAAAGUGAAAAUCAACACUCCUGUGGGGUUAUCAGCCGAGCAGAAGAUUGCUCUGUUGCACAACCCUUCGUUGCUUAGCCCCUUUCCUGCUGGUUGAAUGACCAGUUGGACAAAAACAUCAGAGGGUAGAAGCUGCAGGCCCCCAGCCUCAUGCUUUACUCCACACCUCCACGCGCGCCGAGCUGCCACUCUACUCAAGGCUUCCACAUCUACGCUGGUGCUCCUUUCUGCUACACGAGUCCGAGUCUGCCGCUCCGGAGCCGUGCUAUGCCCCCCGCCUCCGCUCUGGACUAGUAAACCUGUAGGACUUGGUGCUGCCUAAAGAGAGAAAAUGUCAGCUGGCGAGGCCUUCGUCACGCUCGCCGCCUCAGACUCCUACUGCCAGGGAGCCACGGUGGUGGCCACCAGCCUGCGGCGGCACGCAACCACUCGCCGCAUCGUCGCCAUGGUCACGCCAAACAUCUCUGAGCAGUCCAGGAAAGGCCUGGAGGACGUCUUUGAUGAGGUCAUCACGGUGGAGGCGAUGAACAGCGAGGACCCGCUCCAUCUGGCCAUGCUGGGACGUCCUGAGCUCGGCGUCACCUUCACCAAGAUCCACUGCUGGAAUCUGACUCAGUUCAGCAAAUGUGUCUUCCUGGAUGCCGACACGCUGGUCCUGUCUAACGUAGACGAGUUGUUCCAGAGGGACGAGCUGUCCGCUGCUCCUGACCCUGGAUGGCCCGACUGCUUCAACUCGGGCGUGUUUGUCUUCAGGCCAUCCAGGAAGACCUACGAAAGCCUCCUGGAUCAUGCCCUGCACCAUGGAAGCUUUGACGGAGGAGAUCAAGGCCUCUUAAACUCAUUCUUCAGCAGCUGGAGCUCCGAAGACAUCAGCAAACACCUGCCGUUCCUCUACAACCUGUGUGCUAGCUCCUUGUACAGCUACCUCCCCGCCUUCAGGCAGUUCGGACACCAGGUCAAGAUCGUCCACUUUGCAGGAGCCGUGAAGCCCUGGAGCUCCCAGAGAGAGGACGGUCACUCCCGUGUUCUGGAGCAGUUUGAGUCUUUGUGGUGGAAGGAGCACCACCAUCACUCUGCCCCACCAGUGACACCUUCACCCACUCCAAGCAGGCACAGACCAAAGCAGGUCCAAGAACAAGGGGUCCAGAUGCCGUUCACAGUCAACCUGGACACCUCCAGUUCCCUGCUCGCACAUUUUUCUACAUCUGACGACAGUUUGCACUCACAGCCUGAAGAACUCACGUCUCCCCACAGAGACAGCUGCCCCCCACAGAAGGAGUCCAGUGUCCGGGAGGAGAAGUCCCCACACCUGGAGAAGGAAUCAGCAGUCCCAAACGAGAAGACAGCAGUCCUGGAAGAGAGGACGACAUUCCGGGAAGAGAAGACGCCAUUCCCGGAAGAGAAUAUGACAUUCCCGGAAGAGAAGACGGCAUUUCCGGAAGAAAAGACAACACUCCCGGAAGAGAAGUCCCCAGUCCUGGAAAAGGAGUCAGUGGUCCCGGAGAAGAAGUUCCAAAAACCAGAGCCAGUAGCAAGCGCUGAUUUGCCAUCAGGAGCUGUUGGGGUGAAGGACAGCGGCGUCGCCACGUACCGUGAUGAUGAGCCGAGGGAAGUCAGACCGGCGGAGCAUCGCAGGAUGUGGGAGGCUGGACAGGCGGACUACCUGGGCAGAGAUGCUUUCCAGAACAUCCAGAAGAUGUUGGACCGCUUCCUGCUUCCCCAGAAUAAGAGCUCUCUGCCUUAAACCCAGCCCAGAGAUUAAAGUAUUCACACCCUGAACACUCUACCCCACUGCACGGGUUUACCUGGGACGCUACGGCUGAAACCAGGAAGUUAACAUGGAACCGUUGAUAGAGCAGGUUCAAUGGAUGGACUUCCUCUCCAUGCUCUCCACUAAUAGUUUAACAUUUAAAAAAUGGAUUAAUAUCUUUUAGUAGUAGAUUAUUAAUCUCUGUUAGUAGAUUAUUAAUCUCUGUUAGUAGAUUAUUAAUCUCUGUUAGUAGAUUAUUAAUCUCUGUUAGUAAUGGAUUAUCGAUUUAUAGUGAUAGAUUAUUAAUCUCUGUUAGUAAUGGAUUAUUGAUUUAUAGUGAUAGAUUAUUAAUCUCUGUUAGUAAUGGAUUAUUGAUUUAUAGUGAUAGAUGAUUAAUCUCUGUUAGUAAUGGAUUAUUGAUUUAUAGUGGUAGAUUAGUAAUCUCUAAUAGAUUGUGAUUGCAUAGAGAUGCUGAGAUUGUUGGUUUAAUUACCUCCUGGUUCUUUAUACACCUGAACGCUGUGACUCACGUUUUAAC